AUGGCAAACAAGAAUACCCAAGCUAGGAAAGUUGAUCUUCCUCCAAUCCUUCCCAAGCCACCUUCAUUCAUUGAAGAACACGAUUCACUCUAUUGGUUAGAAGGUACACAAUCCUUGCAAAUAACCAUUGCAUACAACGAAGACAACACACAGGAAGAGACUGCUACUUAUAUGGCUACCUUGAUUGACCGUGUAGUUGGAUAUGGUCCAUGGGCGGCUAAAAUUGAUCUUCUUAUUCAUCCACGAAUUAUUCGACGCUGGGAAAGUCCAAGCAUCUACGCGCAGCAUGUUUCUGAGAUGAUGGCUUUAGUCGACAAAAUCAACAACUCGUUCACCACUCUGAGCCAUAUCAAUGUUCGGCUCGAGAUAGACUUUUCAAACUUCCAGCAAAUUAAAUUAGCAGCUUGCUUCUUAGCUUUCAAGGCGCACUGGAGCUUGAGCUAUUACGUUGAAGACAGACCUGUUCUUUUCGGAAUCGACACGAAGGGCUACCUCAUGAGACGUCUUCGUGGUGUCUACCAUAGAGAUUGUAAGGUAUAG